AUGGAUGAAUUUCGAGAUUCUCAAAAAGAAAGAAUUCAAGAGGCAUUAGAUUUGGGUGAGCUUACAACCGGUAGUGGCUUGAAUCAAGAACUUGGUCUUUCAAGAGCUUGUGAUACGCGUUGGGGAUCUCAUUUUAAAUCUUUCAACAAUUUUAUUCUUAUGUUUGUCUCUAUUCUUAAUGUUCUUGAAUCACUUGUUCUUGAUGCACGAUUAUUGGAUGAAAGAGCCAAGGCAAUAGGAUAUCUUGAAGCUUGUCGAACAUAUGAGGUUGCGUUCAUGUUGCAUUUGAUGAGUGAUGUUUUAGCAAUCACAAAUGAGCUUAAUACAUGCUUACAAAAAAAGGAGCGAGAUUUGGCAAAUUCCAUGUUACUUGUUGAAGUAGCAAAAAUAAGGUUGCAAGCAUAUAGAGAUAAAGAAUGGGAUUCUCUUAUUGCUAGGGUGUCUUUGUUUUGUAUCAAGCAUGAAAUUUUGGUACCUAACUUUGAGGAGCCAUAUGUUAGCUCUUUAAGAUCACGAAGGAGACUUGGUGACAAUAAAGUCUCUCAUCAUUAUCGUGUUGAGGUAUUUUCCAAUAUUAUUGAUUGGCAACUUCAAGAACUUAAAUAUCGUUUUGGCGAAGCGACGACUGAUUUGCUUCAUGGAAUUUCUUGUUUGAAUCCAAUUGACUUGUUUUCAAGUUUUGAUAUCAGGAAAAUAAUGAAAAUGGAUAAAUUAUAUCCUGAUGACUUUAAUGAAUUCAAUAUGGGUUCUCUUGAGAAUCAACUUGCAAGCUACAUUAUUGAUGUUCGUGAUGUUGAUGAAAGGUUCUCCAAUCUAAAAGGGCUUUGUGAUCUUUCGAAAAAAUUAGUUCAGACAAAGAAGCAUUCAAAUUAUCCUCUUGUAUUCCGCUUAGUGAAACUUGCUUUGCUUCUGCCGGUUGCCACUGCAUCCGUUGAAAGAGCUUUUUCAGCAAUGAAGUUUAUCAAGAAUGACUUGCGGAGUCAAAUGAGUGAUGAUAUUUUUAGCGGUUGUUUGGUGCCUUAUUUAGAAAAAGAUGUAUUUGAUAAUGUUUCUAAUGAUGCUAUUAUUAAGACAUUUCAAGAUAUGAAACCUCGUAGAGUACAAUUGUAG